AUGCCCACUCCGUCCACACCCAAGCUUCUAAUACAGAUGUCCGGAGCGCCCGGCGCUGGCAAAAGUACAAUCGCAGCUCUGCUGCGACCGCACCUCAAUGCCACCAUUAUCGACCAUGAUGUUCUGCGCUCCAACCUCAUCUCCACUGCAAUAUUUCAGUUCGACCAGGCCGCUAAGCAGGCCUAUGCGCUCCAGUGGGAGCUAGCCCGCGACUUUAUGAAGCAGGGGGUCGACUCCAUCAUUAUCGACAGCACCUGCAACUACCCUGAGGUGGUUGCGCAGGGACUCUCACUGGCGGUCGAAUACGGAUACCGCUAUUGGUACGUCGAAUGCAAUGCUCGCGACAUUGACCUGCUGGACAAGCGGCUGCGCGCCCGUACCCCAAAGGCGAGCCAGCGGCCUGCGGUUGACUGUCCGCCUGAAUCGGCACAGGGGAACGGGGCUCAGGUCGGUGAGAAUGCGCGCGAGCGCUUUGCUCAGUGGAUGACGAAGCCCUGUCGCCCUUCUAACGUUGACCAUAUUAUCACGGUGGAUUCGACUGCCGACCCGAAGACGCUACGGGACGAGAUCCUGGCGCGGAUGGCGGCGGACUGA